ACGAAGCCAUUAUCUCCUUCUUGUGGCCAUGGACGCUCCACCCCACGCUACCACCACCCCACCGCUUGCUCCUCCACCGCCUUUUCAAAUCAAACCCUAACCACUCCGCCCCGCCGGCCACGCACCACCACCCUCCACUCCCCCCCAUGGCGGCCAUCACCACCACAACCGCGUCCUCCUCCUGCUUCCUCCACUGCCGCGUCGUCUCCUCCUCCCCGCGCGGCCACCUCCCCUUCCACGCGCGCACCCGGUGCCAUUCCAGCAGGCUCGCCUGCCGCGCCACCGACGUGUCCGGGGCCGAGCCCUCGGCGGCGCCGCCCGAGACGGGAAACGGCGGCGGCGGCAGGAGCUGGGUGCCGGUGGUGCCGCUGGCGGCGCUGCCGCGCGGGGAACGCCGGGUGAUCGUGCAGGACGGGGAGGAGAUCCUGCUGCUCUGGUACAAGGACGAGGUCUUCGCCAUCGAGAACCGCUCCCCUGCCGAGGGCGCAUACACGGAGGGCCUCCUCAACGCCAAGCUCACGCAGGAUGGCUGCAUCGUUUGCCCAUCGACAGAUAGUACAUUUGAUCUUCGCACUGGGGAAAUAAAAGAAUGGUAUCCAAAUAACCCUGUUUUAAGGGCUCUGACACCUGUUUUGAGAAAACUAUUUGUGUACCGUGCGAAAAUUGAUGAAGAAAAUAUAUACAUCAGUAUUAGUGGAGCUGGUAGUUCUGGUGGGUCAGCUGAGAUUCUGUUUAGUGGGAAGGCUCAACCAGGGAUUACUGCAUCUGAUGUCAACAUCGAAGAGGUGAGAAUGGUAGUCGACGAGGGUGUUGGAGGCUUUGGUUUUACUCCUGACAAUGAACAGAUCAAUGGAAAAGCCGCCAUAAUUGGCUUUCUUCUCUUGAUAGAUUUUGAACUCUUAACUGGCAAAGGCCUUCUCAAGGGAACCGGUUUAUUGGACUUCAUAUAUGCAGUUUCAAGAGCUUUCAGCUCAUAAAGAUGUUUUUUUUAUUUGGUGUGGGAUGUUACCAAGUGGUGAAGUACAGUUAAGAUUAUACAUGUGGUCUUCUCCCGGUAAAUAUUGUUUGUCAGUUGGAUUUCUACCUCUCGCAAAAUCCAUGAUACAUGUACAGCGUCUUUGGACUGCCAGGUUGUACUCGCAUUAGAAGAUGGUUAAUAUCAGUGAAAAGGAAAAACAGCAGUGUUGUAAUCGCAUGAGAAAAUGGUUCAUUUCAGUGAACAGUUCAGUAGUGUCCCCGAACACCUCCAGUAAUGCUCGAAAAUCUCCUCUAGAACGGGAUCCGGGAAAGAACUGAAUUCAAUGCUCGGAUAUGCUCUCCUUAAAGGAUGCAGGAAAGGAUAUUAGUUUUGUGAUACUCAUGCACAACAACCAUCUCUUAUUAAGGUCAGCAAAAAUACUUCACGUACGACAGUGAAAUUACGAUACAAUCAUUGAUCCAA